AUGCGCUCUGAGCAGCUGAAGGAAGAAAGGCUGUUUGCAUAUGGACUCAUGGGAUGUGCAGAGCACAGAAAACUUUCAUUUGUUAUUCCCUCUUCACAGAGCACGCCAGCAUCAGGUCCGCCUCAGGAGGAUCUGGUAGAACAGAAAUGCUUACUGCGAAACUACACACAUCACUCCUGUAACAAAGUCUUCUGCCUGCCAUGGCAGAAAUGUAUCGAGGGAACCUGUAUCUGCAAACUCCCUUACCAGUGCCCAAAGGAUGGCACCCCAGUGUGCGCCACUAAUGGGAGAAGCUACCCGACAUACUGUCACCAGAAGAGUUUCGAAUGUCUUCACCCAGAGAUAAAGUUCUCAAAUAAUGGAACAUGCACAGCUGAAGGAAAGUUUAAUGUUUCCUUAAUUUAUGGAAACACAAAAAGAGAGGGAAUUGUUCAAGUCAAACUUGUGGACCAAGAUGAGAAAAUGUUCAUAUGUAAAAACAGCUGGAGCAUGACAGAGGCCAAUGUGGCCUGUCUCCACCUUGGAUAUCCUCAGGGUGCUCGUGGCAUAAAAAGAAGGUUUAAUAUACCCAUAAGUCUCCGUAUAAAUGACACCGAAUGCCUGCAUGUACGUUGCCGGGGAGUAGAGACCAGUUUGGCAGAGUGUACCUUCACCAAGAGGAGAACUAAGACUCCCCAUGGCUUGGCACGUGUAGUGUGUUACACACAGGAUGCAGAUUUCCCAACAAGCCAGUCCUUCCAGUGUGUCAAUGGGAAGCACAUUCCUCAGGAGAAAGCCUGUGAUGGUGUCAAUGACUGUGGAGAUCAAAGUGAUGAGCUGUGUUGCAAAGAGUGCCGAGGUACAGCUUUCCAUUGUAAGUCGGGAGUUUGCAUUCCAAACGAAUCUAAGUGUAAUGGUGAGGUGGACUGCAUCACCAGUGAAGACGAGAGUGAUUGUGAAGAAGGCAGACAGCGUAAAAUUCAUAAAGGCCUUGCACGGUCAGAUCAAGGAGGAGAAACUGAAAUUGAAACUGAAGAAACAGAAAUGUUGACUCCUGAUAUGAAUUCAGAAAUAAAACGGAUAAAGUCCUUAUUACCUAAACUAUCCUGUGGCAUCAAAAGAAACACUCACACUCGCAGGAAAAGAGUGAUUGGAGGGAAGCCAGCAGAGAUGGGAGAGUACCCAUGGCAGGUGGCAAUUAAGGAUAGUGGAAAAAUCACCUGUGGGGGCAUUUAUAUCGGUGGCUGUUGGAUUCUGACUGCUGCGCACUGUGUCAGACCCAGUAGAUAUCACAAUUACCAAGUAUGGACGGCUUUAUUAGACUGGCUAAAACCUAACUCUGAGUUGGCAGUUCAAAGAGUGAGCAGAGUUAUUGUUCACGAAAAGUAUAAUGGAGCCACCUACCAAAAUGACAUAGCUUUGAUUGAAAUGAGAAAGCUCCCAGGCAAGAAAGAAUGUGAGCUCCCCCGUUCCAUCCCUGCCUGUGUCCCAUGGUCUCCAUAUCUGUUCCAACCAAAUGACAGUUGCAUCGUCUCUGGAUGGGGUCGAGAAAAAGGUAACCAAAAAGUCUACUCACUUAGGUGGGGUGAAGUUAACCUAAUAGGCAACUGCUCUCAGUUUUACCCGGGUCGCUACUAUGAAAAAGAGAUGCAGUGUGCAGGUACCAGUGAUGGGUCCAUUGAUGCCUGCAAAGGAGACUCUGGAGGCCCCUUGGUCUGCAAUGAUAUCAACAACGUCACUUAUGUUUGGGGCAUUGUGAGCUGGGGUGAAAACUGUGGGCAGCCAGAGUUCCCAGGUGUCUACACCAGAGUGGCCAAUUAUUUUGACUGGAUUAGCUAUCACGUGGGGAGGUCCCUUGUUUCUCAACACAAUGUCUGA